CAGCGAUCGGGGAGCUGUGGAAUAGGCGUGCAUUUGCGUUACUCAAACGCAGAAAACAUUCAGUGAAAACGUCCACAGAAAGUCCGCUCUAAGAGUGCCUGGGACUGAGUUAUUUUUCCAUUCUGUUCUGCCUAUACACAUGGAGCACCAUUUCCUGAUGAGACUGUGGUGAGUGCGGUGCAGCCCUGUCACGCCCACAGCGCCCCCUUUCGGCCCGGACGGCACACCAUGCCCCGGCGCCUAUGAAAGGGUACCAUGUCAGCCGAAGCAUGUCUCAGCAUUCCUCUGGUGGUGGCGGAGGAGGUCCCUGCCACUGCACGCCUGACGACUGCGACGGUCCAGGCAGAGACUACUACCAUGGUCACAGCGAUGGCCACUAUUACCCUGGGGGAGGUCCGGUUGAGGCUCUGGCACUGGAGAGGCAUCACUCCCGCUCGCACUCCCAUAGUCACUCUGGAGGAGGCACCUUUCCCCGUUCCCACCCCAGCCAGCACCCACCUCUCCAGUCAUUUGACUCUUGUGAAGAGUGCCUAUCCUCAGGCCAUGGGGGGAAGAUGCAUCGCAUGCCCUCAAACAUGAUGGACCAGUUUGAGAAGCAGGUGCCCUUCCAUCAUGACGGCUUCCACACACUGCAAUACCAACGCACUGCUAGUGGGGGUGCUGAGCAACGCAGCGAGAGCCCUUCAAGGAUACGCCACUUGGUCAACUCGGUGCAGCGCCUCUUCGCCAAGUCCCAUUCUCUGGAGGCACCAUCCAAACGGGAGUACAACGGCACAAGGGGAGGAGGGGACUACCGGGGAGAGAGAGGGGGAGGCCACAGGAGUGGAGGGGAGGAUGGCCACUACUCAGGCCACCAGUCUCGCUCUACUAGGCGGAACAAGUCUCGAGAACGUAGCAAGAGUGGAGACUCACGCCAUGAGUCAGGCAGACGCCACCGCAGCAGGACAGCAGGCUGGUGGAGCUCUGAUGACAACCUCGACAGUGACAGCAGCUACUUGGUAGGUGGGGGUAGGCCAGGGUAUCCCAGAGGACAUGAGAGCCUGGAUGCUGCCAUUCAGGAGCUCACCAUGAAGAAGCCCAAGGAACGAGGCGGUGGACCGGGGUCUGGGGAGUGCAUGGCCUGUACAACAAUGGCUCUGGCAGGGAGUGAGGGAGGAGGAGGAGGACACCAUGGGCAUCACGGUCACUCCUUGAAGAGGAGCACCUGGUCAGCCAUGACAGUGAGUCAGGCCAGAGAGGUGUAUCCUUCUACCAGGGGAGGAGGAGGCUAUGACAAAGCUCUGGUGCCAAUGGAGAGCAAGCUCAAGGAGAGGACCUUCCACUAUCUGCAGGUCCCUUCAGAAGACUGGGGAGGUGGUUAUAGCAGUGGCAACGCAGCUGACAGCGGAGGGGAGAUUCCGUGCCGACGUAUGCGGAGCGGCAGCUACAUCAAGGCCAUGGGCGAUGAUGACAGCGCCGACUCGGACACGAGUCCCAAAGCCUCGCCCAAAUCCACGCUGAUCGCCCAAAGGGAUGCCUUCAGACGCUCUAUCAGCAUGGAUCAAAGGUACUCGUGUAAGCAGUGUACAGAUUCCUACCCUAACAACAGAACCGCACCCAAGACCCACACCCGCUCACGUAGCUAUACCCGCUCUUUGACCAGCACACAGCUCGGAGAGACGUUGAACCGUCAGUUUGAAGCUGUGUGUGGGACCAUGUUCGGGGAGGUGGAGUCUCAAGCUGUUGAGGCCCUGGAUCUUCCAGGAGUGUUCCGCACUCGCAGCCACAGCUACGUUCGCGCCAUCCAGGCCGGAUGUUCCCAGGACGACGACUGCCUCUCUGUCUUUUCCAUGUCUGGCCCCCAGGGAAGCAUCAAGGGUGGGGCCGUCUUUCCUUAUCGUAAAGGUGCUCCUCCUCCACUCCCACCACGCAUGUCGAAGUCUUCACUUUCGGUGCGAGCCCAGAGCAGCACAGAGUCCACCCAGGAUGCCUACUUCCAGAGCAGCGGGCAGUUGGUCUCGAGCGCUGGUCCCGGACGCCCCAAGCAGCACAGCAACUCCGUGGACCUGGGUAACUCUGACGGGCCAUCAGGGCGCACCUCCAGAGGAGGCUACUACACCGGCAGUGGGCCUGGGCGUUCCCGACAGCACAGUAACUCUGCGGAGAGCCUGGAUGGGGUUAGGGGCUCAAGGGAGCUGGUGCCCUAUGGAGGGGGUCCUGGAGUUGGGGUGAGGGCCAAACACAGCAGCUCAGCUGACAGUCUGCUGGAGGGGCCACCGAGGCCAGCCAGAGAGAGGGACAGCAGGGUAGGAGGCAGCCUGGGAAAAUCAGCCUCUCUGCCUCAAAACAGCAUAAUACUGAGUAAAGGUGGAGGGCAGGACGAAGGGCGCGGAGUCAGAAAGUGGAGGCCAUCCAUAGCUGUCCAGGUGGACAGCUCAGAGACCCUCUCAGAUUCAGAUGCAGAGGGCAAAGCUCUAACAGAGGUCCACUCUGUAGGAGUCCAAGUGGAAGAUGACAAAAGGCGAGCUCGUUUCAAGCGCUCCAACAGCGUGACGGCGAGCGUGCAGGCCGACCUGGACCCUGAGAGCUUCCCGGGGCUGAGCAUCGCUGUGCCGACGCAGGACAAGAGCCUCCAGUUUGGCUGCUCCUUUCAAAGGCACUCAUCUGAGCCCGAGUCUGCUAGUCAGUACACUGAGUGCCAUCGCACCGUCCACACACAGGGACAGUGGGCCUACAAAGAGGACUUUAUCCAGACUGGCUACACCACUGAGGCCUGUCAAGCUGACACGCGGCCCCACCAGCAACCACACUUGCCUCCACGUUCCCACUCUCCUCUCCCCAUUACCUCUGAGCGAGCUUGGGCGGGCACACCAUCCCUAGAGGGUCCCCGGAGCCUGCCUGACUCAGGUCGAGCCUCGCCCUGCAUGAGAGAUGGAGAGUUCUUCUUACGCCUGCUGCAGACAGAGGUAGAAAGGAUGGAGGGCUGGUGCCAGAACAUGGAGAGAGAAGCAGAGGAGAAUGAACUUCCAGAGGAGAUUCUCGAACUGAUUCGAAAUGCAGUUGGCAGUGCCCAGAUGCUCAUGUCUCAGAAAGUCCAGCAGUUCUUCCGCCUCUGCCAACAGAGUGUGGACCCAUCAGCCUACCCUCAGCCCACGUCUCAGGAUCUGGCUGCCUUCUGGGACCUGCUCCAGCUCAAUAUAGAGGAUGUCAGGGUCAAGUUUCAGGAUCUCCAGAGGCUGAAGGACUCUGGUUGGAGGCUUCCGCCUGAAAAGAAGGAGGACAAGAAGCUUCCUCCACCCUUACCAAAGAAGCCAGCAGGUGGGGUGAGUGGCAGCCUCCGGGCUGAUAGCGUUGGGGAUGGGGUUGUCGGAGGUGGAGGAGGUGGGUCAGGGGGCCUGGUGGUGCCUCGCGUCGGUGGGCACACCCUACCCAUCAGGGAGAAGUCAAUGGACCUCGGGGACCGUCAGAGGACAGAAGCGAGGAGGCGGCUGCUGCAGACCAGGCGCACUGCCUCCUUCAGGCAGAACUCGGCCACAGAGAGUGCCGACAGUAUCGAGAUCUACAUCCCUGAAGCCCAGACUCGACUCUGAACACCGA